AUGACGAAGUUCACUAAAGAAUCAAUCGACGACAAAAGAAAAAAAGUUGAACUAAAGAUUGCUGCUUUCAUCGCUGAACAUUGCAGCAUUAAUACAGUAAAUCAUUUGGGUGAAGUAGUUAAAAGCUUAGAUGAAGACUCUCAAACGCUGAAGAAUGUGAAAGUACACCGUUCCAAAUGUACUGCUGUAAUCUUUAAUGUACUUUCACCAUGCUUAUUGGACGAUCUUAUAGAUGAUAUAGGAAAUUCGCAUUAUUCUCUAAUUAUAGACGAAACCACUACUGUAGACACGAAAAAAAUAAUGUGCAUUAUGAUCCGCUAUUUUAGCAAAAAUUUCCAUAAAGUACGUACUACAUUCUAUCGGCUUGUGGAAUUAGAUUCAGGGACAGCAGAACAGAUGACCAGCAGCUUAAAAGAACAGCUCCAAAAAGACGGCCUUACAUUGGAUAAACUCCUCGGAAUUGGAAUUGAUGGCUCAAACGCAAUGGCUGGUGAACAUAAUUCUGUUUCAUCCAAACUCAGGGAGAUUAGUCCUCAUCUUAUAACGAUAAAGUGUGUUCCACAUUCCUUACACCUCUGUGCUGAGCGAACUUGUGAUAUUUUACCAAAAAACCUAGACUUUCUCGUCAAAGAAAGUCAUUCCUGGUUUUCAAAAAGCACGAAAAGAAAGAUCGAUUACAACCGAUUACAUAAAAUUAUAGCUGACUCUAAUCCAAGAAAAAUAGCUAAAUUAUCGGGAACACGAUGGCUUGCUCGACUAAAUGCGAUUGAUAUGAUUCUGGAUCAGUGGGAUGUCUUGGAAUUACACUUUAAUACAUACAGAAUUUCAGAACGAGGAGACCCAGGCUUCAAAGCUGAGUCAUUAUACCAAAUGUAUCGUUGUAUUGAAAAUAAGGUGUAUUUGGUAUUUUUGCGUUACGCUUUAAAAGAUGUGAUUUCUUUAAAUAAACUUUUCCAGUCAGAAUCUGUAGAACCAUUGAAAUUACUUCAGGAUCUCAACAAUCUAUUAUAUUCGACGUUGCAAAAAAUAAUAAUUCCACAUCAAUUGCUAAAGGCUCAAGAUUUGUCGAGCUUUAAAUUUCAAGAUCAUCUAAUGUCUGUAAAUUGCGUUAAUUUUGGAUUUUACUUCUAUGAACUAAGCAAUCAAUGCAAUCCCGAAACUCUACCUAUUAUUAAGCAAAGGUGCAGAGAUUUUUUAAUCUAA